GAAUAUAUAGAAAGUAAGUAACGGAAAUUGGCUAAGUAAGUAACGUAAAGUCACAUGAUCUAUUACGUUACUUAUUGGCCACAUGAUCGCAUCAUGUUUAUUUGUUUAUCGAAUCUCGAGGGCAGUUCUUUCAGUCUCAAGGUAUUUUUCAUUUCAUCAUUUUUAGGUCCUUUAGUCCUUCCAGUUAUGCAAUUAAAGUUCAGUUGUUUUUCACUUUACGUUUCGUUUCUUAUUCAUUUUUUUAUUUUUUUUAUUUUGUUUCUGUUUCAUA